AUGAAAAUCAUAGAUAAUCGGAAGUUGAAGUUCGUCAAUAAGAUUAUGAAGAAAAUUCCUUGUUGGGUUCGAUGGUUACAAAGUAAAGAGUAUUAUUUAAACGAGACAAUAAAGAAAGAAGAAAAUGCAGACAAUCAUGUAAUAAAAGGUGAAGAACAAGACGUUGAAAGAGAAGGUUGUAUUACCCCUUAA